CUUCCCUUUGUUCAACUGAUUCCAUCGCCAAACCUCUCUUUCAGUAACCUAAACCCUCGCCCAGUUCUCUCUCCGUUCGAUUACUCGUCUUCGUUCGUGAAAAUCCGCAAGAGUUUCUCUGCAAUCUUAGCCACUCUAAUAAAGUAUUUCUCUCUCCGUUCGAUUACUCGAGUUCGUUCAUGAAAAUCUGCAUGAGUUUCUCUUCAAUCUGAGCCAUUUCAAUAAAGUAAUGUAUAGAAGCAACAAUGUUGCUGCUAGGAUCUUCGAUCGCCAAAUCGUCACUCCUCCUCCUGGAACCAGCUUUCAUUGUGUUAGGCGAUUCUAUGAGAAUAUAGUUCCGAAUCAUACGGUAUACGACGUUGAGUGUCCGGACCAUUCCUUUCGCAAGUUUACCGUUGACGGUGAAUACCUAAUUACGUUCAGCAGGAAUCAUCGCGAUUUGAAUGUUUACCGCCCGAAAUGGCUCUCGUUUUCUUACAAAGGAGAUGAAAUUGAUACGUUUCUGGACUUUCCUUCCAAUGCUCAGAAGUUUGAGAGCUUUUUCAACCUGAUUUAUUCCGUCUCCCUUGCGUCCUGCAAUGAGCUUAUCUGUAAGGACUUCUUUAUUUACAUGGAGAGUAACCGAUUUGGGCUUUUUGCUACCUCCACUGCUCAAAUCCAAGAUGCUCCGGCCGUCGGUGGUGCUGUUCCGGGAAUUCCUUCUAUAGAGAAGAUUACGUUUCAUCUCCUGAGACUAGAGGAUGGAGAAAUUCUUGACGCGAAGGUGUUCGUCAACGAUUUUGUGAAUUUGGCUCACAAUACGGGCGUCUUUCUCUACGAUGAUCUAUUGGCGAUUGUAUCGGUACGCUACCAGAUUAUACAUAUUCUUCAAAUUAGAGAUUCCGGCCACCUUGUUGAUGUACGAGCUCUAGGCGCUUUUUGUCGUGAAGACGAUGAACUUUUUCUCCAUUCUAGCACUCAGUAUGUGGGGGUAGCUGAAAGAAGCAGAUUGCAUGCGGGUGAUGUUGAGAAUGGCUACCAUCAUAGCCCGUCCAAUGACAACUCUUUUCUGAGUGGCCUCAAACAGCGGUUGCUAUCAUUUAUUUUCCGCCGAAUAGGGAACGAAGAAACAGAUCAUCGCUUGAGAGUUCAGUGUUUGACGAAGAAUUUCUACUUUCAUUUUCAAGACUACAUCGACUUGAUUAUUUGGAAGGUACAAUUCUUGGACCGUCAACACUUACUGCUCAAGCUUGGUAGCGUAGAUGGAUGGGUUUCACGAAUGGCCGAUCACCACCGGGCAUUUUUUGCUGUGUAUGACAUGGAGACCACUGAAAUUGUUGCUUUUUUUCAGAAUUCAACAGACGACAUUUACGUUCUUUUCGAGCGUUUUUGUAAUCACUUCCAUGCAGCAUCAAGAAAUUCAUUGUGCUUGAAUUUCAUAUCAUCACACUCCAAUAACAUUCAUGCUCAAGAACAACUGAGAAGCUUGAAAAAUAAAGCAGUCAGCUAUUCACAGUUUGUGAAGAAGAUGCUGUUAUCUUUACCGUUCAAUUGCCAAUCACAAAGCCCAUCUCCCUACUUUGACCUAUCUCUUUUUCGGUACGAUGAAAAGUUGAUUUCUGCCACGGAUCGGCACAGACAAUCAACAGAUCAUCCUAUAAAGUUUAUUUUAAGGCGAUCACCUUAUUCCCUCAAAUUCAAAAUUAAAUCAGGUCCAGAAGGAGGGAUAACAGAUGGACGAACAAAAGGGGUAUCAUCUUUUCUUUUUCAUCCUUUUUUACCACUCGUUCUCUCCAUCCAACAGACCACCUACUUGCUUCCUUCUGUGGUCAAUAUUCACUUCCGGAUAUAAAAAUAUAAAGAAGAAAAAAAAAAUUGCAUUUUUCAACACCAAAUUGUACACAAAAAAUAAAUUAAAAAGAAAACUAUGUACAUUGUAUAACCCUCUACAUGCACCUACUUUUGUAAGUCAUUUGUAUGAUGUGAAAAUUCCCUCUCUUUUCUUACUAAGGAUUUUAUUAACAUGUAAUCUGGUGGUUGUAGUAAUUGUUAGGGAUUAUAACUAUAUUUGGUUUUAACUAUUGGGUUACAUUUAUUAUUAGAUAGUCUACUAAUAAAAUUAGCACUACUGCGGCAAACAAAAUAAAUAUUAUAAUUUGGUUAAAUAGAAACUUUAGUCUCUAAACUAUCCUUGUCGUGCCUCUUAAUUUUAUAGGUAUACUAGCAAACACACUUAAAUACAAAAAAUGCAAGCAUAUAUAUAUAUACUAUUAAAAGUUCAAACUUAUAAUUUGAUUUGAGAAUUAU